AUUGAAUACGGCUGUUCUAUAUUUGUUUUUUAUUGUAUUUGACUGUUUUACGUAUUCUCAACCUCUGUAUCCGCCAUGGCUAUCUUCUCGUCGUUGGCUUCAUUUUUCAAUCGCCAUAAGCGAAAGAUCUUCAUCACUUCCACAUUGACAGUGUCGAUCUACUUUCUUUUCAACCAUUUUGUUAUCAAGAAGUUCAGAGACUACCAGAAUGCGCUAAGACAAGAGUUGAUCUUCAAACAACAAAUCAAACAACGUUUCAUCCAGACUCAACAGGAUUGUUACUAUACUCUUCUAGCAUUAUUGCCGGUGUUAACAACACCUGUGAUUGACUAUUUACCAGUGGAGUUGAUUACCCAUGUGUUGAGAUUAAAGAAGAACAACCCCAAUGGCCAAACAGCCGCUGGGUCUGUCACCGGUGGCAGCAACAGCGAAUUGACCACUGACAACUUGAACUUGUUGGACACCAACAAUAACCCCCAGUCCAAGAUGACUGUGUACAUGAACAAAUCCAAGGUCGAAUUGUGGGCCCUCUUGAAGAUCAAGACCAUUACAAGAACGUUGACUUUGAUAUAUUCUAUUUCUGGCUUAUUGCUCAUCACAAGAUUACAGCUUAACAUCUUGGCCAGAAGGUCGUACUUAGAAUCCGCUAUCUCCAUGGCCGGAGUUAAAUCAACUAACAACGAUAUCAAUCCUCACGAUAAUUAUCUCAUCGAACAAAGUUACCUUUCGUUGAGUUGGUGGUUGUUGAAUAAAGGUUGGGUCAAUUUGAAUUCCAUCAUUGAACCCUUGGUAAUUAAGAAGUUUGAGUCUAUUACUCCAAAGUCAGAAUUGAGCAUCGAACAGUUUGACUUGAUAUUGCACGAUAUUGUCAACGACAUUAGCAUUAACCAUAAGCAAACAAUUCUUGCAAACCUCUUCCCUCUCAAUUAUGACGAUUUAGUGGAAACUUUAUUCAGCACCAACCCUGACUUACUCGUGCAGUUAGAAAUCUCUGAUUCCAAUUUGAACAAAUUGAUCAAUGAAACCAAUAGUAUCAUGUUGGACUCUCAGCUGGGAUUCUUUGAUUUGUUCAACUCUGUAGUGUCGAACAUGUUGAACACUUUGGCAAAUAACUUGUCUCUAUCCAUGAACAACGGCAAUGACAUUGCAGCUGAAAGUUUCCUUAGCAAUGCUAAUAAGACGUUCAAAUUGGCCAGCUUCUUAGCACAAUUAUCGGUGCAGAACUUCAUAUUAAGUGAUAACGACAACCUCAAGCUUGAAGACCAAGUUAACGAAGAGGACGACAUUGAAGGUAAUAAUGACUUGACCGGUAAUGUGUAUAUCAACAACUUAUACUUGGAAGAGUUGGACGAUUUCAGUGCUGGCAUUUACUCUAAUUUUGAAUAGACUUAUCUUAUAUGUUGCACCAUUUGUAUAAUGCCAAAUUGAAGAAUAUUUAAAAGGCUAUUCUGUAGUAUGUGUACUCGAUCUUU